GCGCCAUCCAGUCCCGCGGCUCCCGCCCUUACGGUUACCUAUUAGUUGGAAGAGUGGCGGGUUAUUUGAUUCCUCUUCAGGCGCUGCGGCUCUUCAGUCCCUCCAUUCGACGAGAGCGAGAGAAGUGGCGAGCGUCGUUUGAGCGAAUUGGUCGCCUUUUCAGCUCCACACACGUUUGAGGAUUGCUUCCAUUUGUUUCCUUAGCAUUUCUUAGUUCAGAUCCGCAAUUUUUUCGAGGAUCGUUUACGAGGAUUGUUGGUAUUUUCAUUUCAUUUGCUUCCGAAAUCUUCUACAUUCUCCUUUGCAGAUCUCUAAUUUCAAUCAAUUUACUGCUACAUUUGUUGUUUAACGUCUAGUUAUGUUCUGAAUCUUCGAAAUCCUUAGCUGCGUUUUCAUUCAGAUUGAAGUCUUAUUGCAAUUGAGCAGUAGUUUAUACUUAAUUUCCAGGGCUUGAAGAGGCGGUGAAGGAGCUGAUCUAAAUACUGGAAUUAAAUUCUUGAAAUUUAGCAGAAAAAAAUCAUGGUUGCAAGUGUUGAAUUGUUUUCCCCUGUGAUGAAUGGAAUGAUUGAACCAUUACCAGAAGAUUUUGAUCCCACUGCUGUGGUAUUUGAACCUUUACCACCUGUUGUUGAAAAUGGAGCUAUUGCCAAUGGUGAUGGGGUAGAGAAGCAGAACAGAGAGAUUACUUUGGGAAGGAAUGUCCAUACAAUGUGUCUUGAGGUAACGGAACCUGAUGUGGAUGAUGAGGUUACGGGAGAAAGGGAGGCUUGUAUGGCUAGUAUAUUGGCAAGGUACCGCAAGUCUCUAAUUGAAAGAACCAAGCAUCACUUAGGUUACCCAUAUAACCUGGACUUUGAUUAUGGAGCUCUGGCACAAUUGCAACAUUUCUCCAUCAAUAACCUGGGGGAUCCCUUUAUUGAGAGCAACUAUGGUGUCCAUUCCAGACAAUUUGAGGUUGGUGUUCUAGAUUGGUUUGCCCGUCUCUGGGAACUAGAGGAGAGCGAAUACUGGGGAUACAUUACAAAUUGUGGUACAGAAGGGAAUCUUCAUGGCAUCCUGGUUGGAAGGGAAGUGUUUCCUGAUGGAAUUCUUUAUGCAUCACAAGAAUCACAUUAUUCAAUUUUCAAAGCAGCGAGGAUGUACAGAAUGGAAUGUAUAAAGGUUAAUACACUUGUCUCUGGUGAGAUUGAUUGCACAGAUUUUAAAGCCAAACUCCUUUUUAACAAGGAUAGACCUGCCAUUAUCAAUCUAAACAUAGGAACAACGGUUAAAGGAGCUGUUGACGAUCUUGAUCUAGUUAUAAACACUCUUGAAGAAACUGGAUUCACACAUGACCGGUUCUACAUUCACUGCGAUGGGGCUUUGUUCGGGCUUAUGAUGCCUUUUGUCAAACGCGCACCAAAAGUCACAUUUAAAAAACCCAUUGGAAGUGUUAGUGUGUCUGGCCACAAAUUUGUGGGUUGCCCGAUGCCUUGUGGUGUACAGGUAACAAGAUUGGAGCAUAUUAAUGCAUUAUCAAGAAAUGUUGAGUACCUUGCAUCCCGGGAUGCUACCAUCAUGGGCAGCCGUAAUGGGCAUGCUCCAAUCUUCCUCUGGUACACUCUGAACCGGAAAGGCUACAGAGGUUUCCAGAAAGAAGUUUGGAAGUGCCUCCGGAAUGCUCACUAUUUGAAGGACCGCCUUAGAGCUGCAGGGAUUGGUGCCAUGCUUAAUGAGCUCAGUAGCACUGUUGUUUUUGAGCGUCCAAAAGAUGAGGAGUUUGUUCGUCGCUGGCAGCUCGCAUGUGAGGGAAACAUCGCUCAUGUAAUAGUGAUGCCCAACAUCACUAUUGAGAAGCUUAAUGAUUUCUUGAAUGAACUGGUUCAGAAGCGCUCAACCUGGUAUCAGGAUGGAAAGUUGGGAGCUCCUUGUCUUGCCGCAGAUUUAGGUGUUGAGAAUUGUGCUUGUACUCUUCAUAAGUGAUGGAUCAGUGCCACUUGAGAGUUUCUGUAUCUUGAGGGUUCCUGUCUUAGGUAAAUGAGGUAGUAUUCAUUGGCAAGUGUAUAGAAGAUCUGCUCCAAAAUUUUCCCUCAUGUAUCUCUCCUUGGCUAUAUAUUCUCUAGCCAACUCUUUGAAUUUGUUGCAUUCAUUGGCUUGUAAACAUUAUUGUUUUAGGACUGUUUUAUAGUUUGCUCAACUAGAACUGUAUAAUUAUUCUUUGGCAUC